AUGCCAGCCAAACGAGCAACACAGCGAGAGUUCGACCAGGAAGCGACCCACGAAGCACACGCCUCCUACACGCACAAGAAAGAGUCGGGUACUCUUCGCUGCACCAUCAAUAUCGAGACGUUCGGUACGUACACAAGCAUCCGACGUCUUGAUGUCGACUUCUUCUUGCAACUGGCUAACAAGAAAACAGUCACCAUUGGCGAGCUGAUCGCCUGGUACGUUCGCAAAGACGAACUCACAGCCAAAGACAUUCCAGCCUGGAUCGGAGAGCUCUUGGGCGCGAGGGCAAAGGCUAGUGAUGAAAACUUCACAGCUGAACUCCGCAUGGUUUCUAAGAUGCUGUAUACCAAGUCCGGCGAACCGAGUGACUCCGUGCAGCAGUACAGCCAGCAGCUCGCGACCCCCAGAUUCGUCUUCAUCGAGAUGUUCAAGCUCUUCGAGGACUCGCGAGGGAAGGGAUUGGGUCCGCAAGUCUUGAAUGAGGACGACAACAUCGUGAGUGUUCUAUCGCUGGCGAGAGAUGCGAGCACGGAAGUGGCUAACAAGUAUACUGACGUCCAGGUCGAGCAGAAGCUACAAGCACAGUAUGCCAAGAGUGGAUAUGCCACCUGGGUUCAAGGCGACCCUGACGUCGAUGGCAGCGUUACGAUCAUGGGUCGAAUCGUCCAGUAA